AAACAAUCUCAAUUCACAAUAAACAACGACCAUCUUAACACCAAACGACGACCAUCCCAACAAACAAAAGGGAUCCUUAUUCAUAAUCACUAUGAUUCAACGAAAUCAUCAAUUCAAUAAUUUAAAAUUAGGUAUUAAAUUAUCAUUAAUUACUAAUGCUCAAUAUCGUUAUGAAGGAAUAUUAGCCGGUAUUAAUUUAAUUGAUAAUACAAUCAUAUUAAAAAAUGUGAAAUUUUUUGGUUAUGAAAAUCGUAUACCACCACAUAACGAUAAUAAUUAUGAUAAAGAGAAUCAUGAUCCAGAUCAACAAAAUAAUAAAAUACCAAUAAUUGGUACAAUAUUUGAUUCAAUUACAUUUUGGAUAUCAAGUAUUCAUCAAAUUAAUUCAUUGAAUUCAAUGAAAUCAUUUAAUCAAUAUGAAUUAAACAAUAAAACUAUGAUUAAAACAAAUUCAUCUAUAAGAAGUCAUAAAGAGAAAUAUAGACGGCAUAAUAGUUUGUGUUAUGCUCCUAGGGACCAAAAGCGUCUCAUGGGAAUAAGUUCAUUUAAAAAUAAGUCAACUACUGGAGAUUCAUUAGUUGUGAAUAGUCGUAGAGAUUCAUCAAAUCAACGUACCGUACAUCAAUCACGUAUAUUGGACUCGUACUCUCGUAGAAGUCGUAAUGUGAGACCUUUACUGAAGCAAAGGAAUUACAUGCCUAUGUUUCAAGUUGUUCCACAUCCGGGAAACUUUUACAAGUUUGGUUAUCCUCUGACCGUACAAAACCCACCAUUUAGACUUCUGAGUAAUUCUAUUCCACCUAAGUUUGGCCAUAUGGGAUUACGAUAUUUUAACAAAAAACAAAAUCGACCUAUGAGGAUUCCAAACAGUGGUUACAGACAACAUAUCCAAAGUAGUGUGAAUCCUUAUGGAAUGUAUGUUUAUUUAUCUCCUGAAAUGGCGACAACUAUGCAACAAAGAUCGACCAAUUUUAUGACCCCUCAGUUUAGAGGAACCAGACGCCGGGUGACACAAAGAAAAUCAACAAGAAACAAUCGCAAAGUUCUAUCUGAAAUAGAUUGUACUAAACCAUAUGAUUUUGAAAUGGCAAAUGCUGAACUAGAAGCCGAGUUGGCUAAAAUGAACUUGAAUACGGAUGAAGAUUCAGUGAGUCAAGAGAACUCGGAGGUAGAUCAAACUGUUGGCGAACGGCCAAUACCGUCGACGGCAGCAAAUAACGCUUCGAGAUUACAAACCAAUCCCAAUACUUUAUCUGGGGAAUCCCCUUCAGGAGUAGUUAGUUCUACUACGGCCAAUAGCACAAACGUUCUCAUUUCUGAAAACAAACGUUCAUCUGAGAGUAAGGAAACUCUAUCUAAAGGUGAAUACUACGUUCGAGAAAAAUGCUUUUACGAUCAGAUAAGUAGAUCAGAUGGACGACCAAGAGGCCUUACCGACCUUCAGAAUGGACGGAGAAAAUAUAAGAAAUCAACGAGCAGCCAUUAUGAUAUUGGUUUAUCAACACCUGGAAAAAAAUCUAAUGCAAACGGUACCAUGACUCGAAUCACUCGAGCUUCAUCAUCUAAAAGAGAACGUCUAUUGAAUUUCGAAACUUUUGGUCCAAUGGCAACUAGAAGACUUUAUUGGCCACAACGAAAAAGUUCUAGUGUUCCUCGUAACUUAUUGGUUUCUGCAUCAGCCUAAUAAAAUAGGAUUAACAUUGACAAAACUAUUAUAUGAAAAUUGUUUAUUUAGUUCAUUAACAUAGUUGGUUGAUUGUUUGAUAAGGUUAUGGACAAUAUGAUGAAUGGAUGAAUUUUCUGACUACAAUAACCUUUGUUGAUUCUGUUUAUUAUUCUUAAAUGAUGUUAUCUUGUGUUGAUUCAAAUAGAUGUUCUUCUUUCAUUUGAGAAUAAGUAUGAUGUAACAAAAGUGAAUAAUUCGUUUCCAAUUAUUAGAAUUCACAUUUCCAUAACAAGAUAAGUUGAACACAGACAUGAUAACUACAGUCAUCCAGUAAUCUAUAUUGUCUAGUUUUAUUUGAGAUAUAUUUUUAUGAAAUUAUUUUAUUUUCAAUAGUUGAAAUCAUGUAUCAAUUGAUGCUAAGACCACCAUGGAAAACCUGAAAGCACUAGACGGCCGUUUCGUCCUAUUAUAGGACUCCUCAGCAGUCCGCAUCCACGAUCCCGUCCCAUGAGAUUCGAACCCAGGACCUCUCUAUCUCGUGCUCGAACGCUUAACCUCUAGGUCAUAUUUAAUUAAAGUCAUACUCGCACUAAAUCUAAACAUUUCGUAUCAAUCAACGUGAUGGGUAAUUAUUGAAUCACAAUAACGUAACCCUAUCGAUAAAUACACAAAUUAGAAUUGUUUUCGCAUUAUUUAACAAUCAACAUAUAUGAAUAUAUCAGCUUAAAAACUCGUAUACAUCUAGCAUAAGUGGAGUAAUUUAACUCAAGAUGAACUAUGUAAUGUCAGUUUCAGGAAUGUUCAACACUUGGAGCUGAGAUAUUCAUCGAGAACUUUUACAGCAUCUAAGUACUAAUUCUUACAUUAAAACUCUAUUUUAAAUGAUAAGUAACAUUUAAAUCAUAAAACCAUUUAACAAAGGCGUAGAUAAUAUUGAACUCUACAUCAUAUUCCUAAUAAGAUGAGAUUUGAAAAUGAUUCAGGUAGAGAAAAAACACACAAAAAAUAAGUCACUAAAAACCAUUCUGACACUAUGAAACAUGAUCAACUGAUGAGAACUGCAGAAGAAAACAAGAAAGAAAUGAAGAACCAACAGUCGAAAACAGAGGAGCUUUUCAAGACUAUCACAAUACACAUAAGGCAAAAACGAUGUUCAAAACUAUGAAUAAACAAUGAUUUAAUAUCUUAACGAUUGUUAU